UCUCCCUCUCCCUCUCUGUGCCCGCCUCCCGCCCUCCCUCGCUCCCUCCCCUCCCCGGCACUGCAGCAUUCGCCGACUGCAGCUCCAGCCGCCGCCCGCGCCUCCCUGGCCUUCCGCAGCCUCCGCCGCCAGCACCAUGGCCAGCACCAUGUCCGCCUACAAGGAGAAGAUGAAGGAGCUGUCUGUGCUGUCGCUCAUCUGCUCCUGUUUCUACUCACAGCCGCACCCCAACACCGUCUACCAGUAUGGGGACAUGGAGGUGAAGCAGCUGGACAAGAGAGCCUCUGGCCAGAGCUUCGAGGUCAUCCUCAAGUCCCCUUCUGACCUGUCCCCCGAGAGCCCAGUGCUCUCCUCUCCCCCCAAGAGGAAGGACACCUCCCUGGAGGAGCUGCAGAAGCGGCUGGAGGCAGCUGAAGAGCGAAGGAAGACGCAGGAGGCGCAGGUGCUGAAGCAGCUGGCUGAGCGGCGCGAGCACGAGCGCGAGGUGCUGCACAAGGCGCUGGAGGAGAACAACAACUUCAGUCGCCUGGCGGAGGAGAAGCUCAACUACAAGAUGGAGCUCAGCAAGGAGAUCCGCGAGGCGCACCUGGCGGCGCUGCGCGAGCGGCUGCGCGAGAAGGAGCUGCACGCCGCUGAAGUGCGCAGGAACAAGGAGCAGCGAGAGGAGAUGUCCGGCUAGGGGGCUGUGGACCAGAGGCGCCUGGAUCCUGAGAGGAGACAUCAACACACGCGGGUUCUGGUUUCGUCUUGUCCCACUUUGUCCAGAUGCAACUUCUGUUCCUGCUCCCUCCCUCCCCUGCACUCCCAGCUCCUGCUUCUCUUUCCGCUCUGAGCUGUCCAGUCCUUCACAGGCUCUCCCUCAAGGAGCCACCAGGGCGUGGCACGCAGUCCCUCAGUUCAGGCACCAGACCAGGCAGUGGCUGGGUCCCCUUUUGGUGGCCCUCUUAGCAGAUGUGGUGACAGCCUCAAUAAAUCCAGUGGUGGUAGCAGGAACAUGUGGGUCCUUAUGCUGGCUUGUCCUGUGAGCACCUUGUCACUUAGGGCACAUCCUCUGAGCCAGCUCCUUGCUGCUGACAGGCAAAGGUGACACCACUGCCUGCAAGGCCGUCGGUGGGAGGGGGCGGAUGGAGCACGUUGCGGGGGGGCAGAGGAAGAAAGAAGGACCUCUGGGCAUGUGUGGCCAGGGCAGCCAUGGGAGCCAUCUGUGCAGUGGAAUGUUUCGGGAUUGGUGGGUAGGGGUCCCCUGAGACCACCUGGCCUGUAGUGGCCAGCUUGGGUUGGCCUGGGAGGCUGUAGUCAUUGCCUGUGGCUGGAGUGGGGUGCGGGGAGGGUGGGAUGUGGCCUGGCCUGAGUGUCUUCAGGGGAGUGGGCAUCUCCACCAGGGACCCAUGAGCAAGCUGCCAUGGUCUAGAGGGUUGUGGCUGCAUGGACGCCCCUUUCUGGCCUCUCCUUCCAGGAGUGCCCGCCUCCUAGGAACCUCUGGCCCAGUACCCAUGUGGGGAAAGCCCUCCUCCAUCAAUACUCCUCCCCCUAGGCUUUACAGACCCUUGGAGGACCCCGUCUUUAGAGCCCUUUGGAGUCUUGGCCCCUUCCUGUGCCCUCACUCUGGUAGAAAGAUGCUCCCAUGAUGCUCUGGGCCAUGGGGCUUUCAAGGCUCUCCUCUGGACAAGUGUGGCUAGGUGUGAGUGAGUGGCAGCCACGACUGCCCCUCAGAGAGCAGACAGCGGGGGAGUAGGGGACCAGCUGCCUGGAGAUUCAGAUGUUGGGGGACGGCAUUCCCAAACCACCUUCCCGCCUAGUCCAUCCUUGACUUUCUUGACCUGUGGCCCCCUCUGGUUCUAGGCCUCUCCUGCCAAGACCUUCCUGGACUGGGCUCCUUGUCUUCCGUCAGCCUAGGGGGAAUCUCCAGAUUCCCCGCGCCGGCCUUUGAGGGCUGUCACCUGCUGGACAUGGGGGGUGUCCGGUCUGUGCCCCUGCAGCACCUUCCCCUUCUCCCAUGGCAGCCCCAUUCCACAGCUGAGUGCUGAGGGCAGGGUCCCUGCUGACCAUCCUCCGGUGGAAAGCAUGAGGGGACAGACUGCAAGUUCUUGCAGGACCCCAGCACUUCAGAAACCAGUUGGGGGGCAGCCCCCAGUGCCCCUGGCUUCCAUCCUACAGAGCCCCAUGCCGGCGGACUCCCAGGGCCCAGCCAGAGAACACAGGUGGAUGCUGACCCCCAACAAUAGGCUUAGGGGGAAGGAGGGACCCGUGCCCACUCUCCUUGUCCCACACACACAGCCUCCAGGGGAGUGACAAGCCAGGAUUGGAACCCAGCUGUCCCACACGUGGCUCCUGUGGGACUCAGAGACGCAGAAAGAGAACGGAGGGCUGGGUUUUUUUCAGCAGUGGGAGCUCUCUCAUAGUGGAAGCUAGUAUGAUAUGUACCCAUCUCAUCCACGUAGUGAAAGUGAACUUAAAAUUAAAUCAAAUCAAUGAUUAAAGACAAAA